GCGUUCGAGGCUUGUGGUUGAGUACUUGACUACAUGCAUUGUUGACAUCGAGUUUUGCAUUUAUUAAUAUGCCUGGGCUAAAGGUAAAUCCGGCUGUCCUACCAAAAGAGGAACUCAUCAAGGAAUUAACAAGGAAUAACAUACCGUUACCAUCACCAAAAUCCCGAAAAGAUGUGUACGUAAAACUCUACAGGAAAUAUUUAAGUACGAGUAAUAAUCAUACAAAGAAGGUUAAAAAGUCUGAAUUUUCCAGUGAUGAGGAUGAGGCCGAUGGAGAACCGAUUUAUAGAAAAAGGUCGAUUGAAAAACGAACACGAGGAGCAAAAACAGCCAUAGGCUUACAGAAUGGAGAUGAUACCGAGGAUGACCCGAGGAGUGCACAGCUAAUGAAAACAAAGUUGUUUCAUGGCAUACUGCGAGAAGUGGAAAGUUUAAACCCAAGAGAGCUGAAGGAAGAACUCGAAAGCAGAGAUGAAGAAGUUGGGCCACUUGUAGCCUCUACUAUGAGGGUCUACCAGCGUAAACUUGCUAGGCUGCUAACUGAAGAAAGGAAGUCAGGCAGACAAGAGUAUGAAGAAAUAGAGGAGGAAGAACAUUACAGUGAUUCAGACAUUGAAGAGGAAGAAGAGGAAGAGGAGGAAGAAGAGGAAGAGGAGGUGGUUCUGGAGAAUAUAGAGGAAGCACCAGAUACACAAGUUCAAGCAGGAGGGGACACAGGACCACGUCAAAGGAACAUUCCUCGUAAGCCAGUCCAGCCUCCGAGUCAACCGAAAAGCAAACCUGCCGGUCUUGUGCCGAUAUGGGUCCAAAUGCUGGUCUUAUUCGGCCUUUCAUUUCUCAUUUUCGCAAUAUGGUAUAACAUGGAGACAGUCAACAACCCUGCGGAGAUUAGUAAAAAUUAGUUCACACCCUUUGCGCUAUUGACAGGCUAGUCGAUACGGUGACAUGUGCGGUUGUGACAUAAUUGUUGCAGAUGAUCUUUUGAAGACCACUUAAUAUUUAAACGUUCCAAAUGAGAUGUUACGUUUUUAAACAUUUAAUUAAAUGCUUUGUCUAGCCAGGCUUUUUAUAUAUUAAUGAGAUGUUUGGAAAAAAUGAAUGAAAUGGAUUUUUAUAUUUUUUUGGUCUAUUACCAGCCAACUUCCCUGGUAAGCAAUUGCAUGAGGCUCAUUUAUGGUGUUAUUUGGAGAAGUGAUGUAAAUUUGGUAGUGGCUAUUGUUAAAUAUAUCUGAUUGGAUGUUAUUGUCUUAAUUAAAUCCAUACAUACAAUAACAUCCAGUUAGCAUUAGGAGUACUUUCAAGACAAUAUCUACUGCCAAUACAUUUUUUACCUUGCAACUUUAAUAUUCUACCUACUCUACUUUUAAUGUAUUUUAUUUGUCCCAUUCAAGUUUUAUUGUAUCAUGUUUCUCUGAACAUUUCUUAGAUUAACAUAAAUAAAUUUGUAAUCAUUAAUAAAUUAUUAAGAAUAAAUAAAUUAGCAUAUAAUGCAAAUGAGUAAACUAAAUUUGUGUAUUAGAAUAGAUAGAAUUUUAAACCAAAAAAUUAUUUUGAGUUCAAUUUAAAUAUAUAACUAGCUUGGGUGAAUUUAUUUUACAUUGUAGAAAAUUUAUUAACAUUUUUAUGCUGAUGUCAAUUUGGUAUUUUAUAUAUUAAUUAAAAAAUAUCAAUCUAUCAAUGGAAUUUGAUUGACAGAACUUUAAGCUCUAUCAUAAUUUAUGUGACAAAUUUGAGUGAAUUGCCCAUAUAUAGAUGGCACGAUGAUGUCAUCAUAUCCAUAUUUGUUCAUGAUGUUGUCAUAUACAUAUAUUAUGGACAAAUGACAGAUUAUUUAUCACAAAGUUUGAUGGUAUAGAGCUUAAAAUUCUGUCCACACACACUGUCAAAUUUUAUGUGACAAACAUCUGUCAAAUUUCCGUCAAAUUUCCAUAUUUGUGUAUAAUAUGACAUCAUCAUGCCCAUAUAUGGGCACAUCACACAAAUUUGUCAUAUAAAAGUUGAUAGUGUUGAUAGGGCUUUAGAAGGUGGGUAAUCAAUAAUUGAACUUCAGAAACUGCAUGUAUUAUUUGUUGUGUGUGAUAUUUCUUCACUUGUGUACAAUAAUUCAACAGUAUUGUCCUUUUUUUUUAUAUAAACUUCAGCCUUAUAAGGCCCUAGUUACUCCUGAAGGAUUUGGUUUGUGAAUUAUAUUAUCUGAGAGAUAACAGUUAAUGCUUUAGGCUUAUCGUUCAAUCCAGAGGCCAUACCUCUUAGUAAUUAUUAAUUAUGAUUUGAGAUCCUGUGUAUAUAGCUAGUGCAGAAUAAAUAUUUGAAAAAAAAA